AUGUCAGCCAUUACUAUAACUUGUAAUUCUUUAUCAAUUUUAUUUCCCAUAAUAACGUGCUCGAUAAACUGUUAUUUAAUUUAUUCGAUUUUUUAUUCGAAGCGCAUAACUUGGAAAUCUGAAUUUUCACUGAUUUACACGAGAUUUGCAAUUGAUAUUGUCUAUACUUUUUUUGUCCCCCAUAACAAGAUCUACUAUGUCCUACGUCAAAUAUCCGACAUAUUCGUGAUGAAAAAUCUGACAUUCUACUUGGUUUGGCCUACAAUCCCCCUCGGCGCUAUCCGAGCGACCCUGGUUCUCCUGAUAACUCUCGAUCGAGUUGUCGCCUCGUUUUUCCCAAUCUUCUACCACAACCAUCGACGCCGAAUCCCGAUUCUUGCGGUCAUCUCUUGUGUUAUUACAUUUGGACUCUCCGACCAUAUUGUGCUCUUUGAGUACUGUAAGUACACGGUAGAUGUCCCCUUGGCUUGUGAUAACUUUAAUUGUGUUAUUAACCAGUGUUUUUUUAACUACUGGUCGUUACGAGACCAGGUUCAAUAUUUUAUUAUCGGAGUUUUGUCAGUGCUUCUUUGCUUUCGUCUUUUUAUCUGGAAUAACUAUGUGGCGAUUCAUGCGAAUCAGGUUUUGUCUAGAGCCACUCGAAUUGCACUUCUCGACUCGGUUAUCAUAUUUUCCUUCAGCAUCAUCCCUUCAUUUAUAUUUGAGCUUCUCCCUACACUAAGUUUUGCGUCCGUCGGCCCGUGGACUAUAGUUUUUAAACACGCUGGAUUUAUGAUCGAGUCUUUAAUUGUGUGCAGACUAUUGUUUAGUGAGAAAGUUGGCAGGUUGGUUAGACGUUCAACAGUUAUUACUACAUAUUAA